AUGGACACGGAGACCCAAGCGGGGACUCCCGGGGCCGCCGCUCCUCCGAGGCUGGCCGCCCCACCCGCAGGUGGGGAGGCUCCGGCAGUAGGCCACGCGCACGCCAGUGGACCGCGGAAGCGGAGGACGUACCUGGCUCGCAGUGCUGCUUCUCGGGGCAGCGGUCGGGAGGUGGCAACCCCAAGAGUCGGGGGUCCCAACUGGCUCCGGGCUCGGACCUCACCUGGAGCGGCACGGUGGGGGGGCCCCCGCUGCAGCCGCACAGCCCACCGCCUUCUUCUGAUUGGCUCCUCUCAUCUUUACUUCCGGGCCGCAGAGCUGGCGGGCCGGAGGGAGACGCCGAGUCCCCUGAGUCCCUCCUGCUCCUCUCAGUCGUCACCUUCGGAAAUAUUUAAGAUAUGCUUUAUAUUUCCAAAUGGAGACAAAUAUGAUGGUGACUGUACAAGAACAUCUACUGGAAUCUAUGAGAGAAAUGGAAUAGGGAUUCAUACCACUCCUAAUGGGAUUGUCUAUACAGGAAACUGGCAAGAUGACAAGAUGAAUGGCUUUGGCAAACUUGAGCACUUUUCAGGAGCAGUGUAUGAAGGACAGUUUAAAGACAAUAUGUUUCAUGGACUGGGGACUUACACAUUUCCAACUGGGGCAAAGUACACUGGAAACUUCAAUGAAAAUAGGGUAGAAGGCGAAGGGGAAUACACUGACAUUCAAGGACUACAGUGGUGUGGUAACUUUCAUUUCACGGCUGCUCCAGGCCUGAGACUAAAGCUUUUCAUGUAGAUAGAUGUUCUACAUAAGUUAAAUUUGGUAACUGAGCUUUCAGUUGUAUGUGAUCAACUAAAUCUGUCAUCUGAAGUGACUUCAUACACUACUGUAUAAAUUUGGCAAUAAA